GCUGAAGAGGGGGGCCUUACCACCCCCUUCUGCUGCGUACCUUGAAGGUCGCCAAAACCAGGAAGUCACCUGCUAAGAGGUGGGUGUGGCUGUAGUUUCACUGGGCCCUUCUCUUGGGGUUCCUUUGAGUUCCAAAAAGGGAGACAGAGAGGACAAGGGAACAGCCUCCAGGGGGAUAAGGGCAUCGCCUCCUUUUCUGGAUGGACACUCCCUUCUGAUGGUGAAUGGAAACUCCCUUCCUCAGAGCCUGCUUGCAGCGUCUUGGUAGUCCAGUGUGACUGCUGCAGUUGCUGCCAACACGCCAGAAAGAAAGCCUCCCAGAGGAGACAGAGGAACCCUCCCUGGAGCUGUGAGACCAAAUCUGAGUCCUAAGAUCACCUGGAAGUUUCUGAUAGAGUGGAAGUGCUAUGAGGAUCUUAGUGUCCAAGCCUGCCUGCUUCUGCAUGAGAUUUUGAUGAGGGAAACAUGCACAUAUACGUGCAUACAAAUACAUGCACAUACAGAAAGCCGCAGUAACCCAGAGCUUCAGACAGCUGAUGUGGGGCUGCUGGAGAAGCUACUUCAGCACAGAAGCCUUGACACACAACUCAAAGGCCACCAAGCCGAUUCCAUUUCCCCUGUGAAUAAGUGGAAGGAAGAUAGCCUGCCUGCUCUUCAGGAAGCCAGCCACGUGCCAGCAGUCCUGAAAGCGCCACCGCCAGCCACCAGUGAGCCAUGGCUGAAGGGGAAAUCACGACCUUCGCAGCCCUGACCGAGAAGUUUAAUCUGCCUCUAGGAAACUACAAGAAGCCUAAACUGCUCUACUGCAGCAACGGGGGCCACUUUCUGAGGAUCCUUCCAGAUGGCACUGUGGAUGGGACAAGGGACAGGAGCGACCAGCACAUUCAGCUGCAGCUGAGUGCGGAAAGCGUGGGCGAGGUGUAUAUAAAGGGAACUGAGUCUGGCCAGUACUUGGCCAUGGACACGGAUGGACUUUUAUAUGGCUCACAGACACCAAAUGAAGAAUGCUUGUUCCUGGAAAGGCUGGAGGAAAACCAUUACAACACCUACGUAUCCAAGAAGCAUGCUGAGAAGAACUGGUUUGUCGGCCUCAAGAAGAACGGAAGCUGCAAGCGCGGUCCUCGGACUCACUACGGCCAGAAAGCAAUCUUGUUUCUCCCCCUACCAGUGUCUUCUGAUUAGAGAGUCUGUUCCAUGUGUUCCCCAUUUUGGUUGACUCCAAAAUGUUCCCUUGACCAUUGGCUGCGCAAACCCCCAGCUCACAGAGCCUGAAUCCGUCAGCAAAGCGCUUCUACAUAGCCAGUUCACUUUUCUGUUGAGCCUUUCCCCCAAGGCACAGUUUGGAAUAGAGGGACCAAAUCGCUUCCGGAGGCCUGGCUGGCCAGUCUAGGUCUGGGUUUGGAUGUCCACUUGCUUCAGGGCAGGCUGGACCCCAACAUGCAAAGAUGGGGCCACAUGAAGCAUGCGGAGGGGUCUGCCAAGAGAGUCCAUAGUGACUGCAUGCCAUUUACCCUACGGAAUAAGCCCUGGCUGUGAGUCCCCCGGGCAUCUGGCAGGACUGCCCUUUCCCCUGGCAACACUCCAUAAAUAUUAGCAGAGAAACUGAAGGUGAGGCUAGAGGAGGUCCACAAUAGAGGCAGAAAUCCCCGCUCAAGCAUAGACGGAAGUUAAAGUGGAAAGGAAGCGCCAUUUUGGUGGACAACUGGAAGAUAGGGCUCUUAGCGCAGAACCAGCAGAUGUGAGGCUCAGCCGCAGAGAGGCAGGUCAAAUCCACAGCACACAGCCAUUACCAAGUUCCUCGGCAGCAGGAAACCCCUAAGGUCAUGGGGAGAGCCCUGGAAAUAGUUUCUUGAUAAAGCAUGCACAAAGAUGUUGGAAAGUUGAUGUCAGUCUGGGGAGUGGAUGUGGGGGUGAUAAGAAAGGGUACCAUUAGCGGCAGGACCCUAGCCUCUAAAAAGAAUGAUUUUGGAAGCCAGGAAGAGGAAAGAGAAAGUGACACCAUGACCAGGUGUGCUUGGCCACCAAGAAACAGGGGUUGCCCCCCCACCGCCACCAGCAUGGUGAUCCCCCAACUUUGGCGAGCAUACAGAUCAUCUUGGGCUCUGGAGUAAUUAUUGAUUCUCAUUUGAUGGGGCUGGGCUGGAGUUUCUAGGUUUUGAACAAGUUCCCAGGUCCCGUAGACUCUGCUGGGCCUCCACCCUGCUCUCAAGAGCAGAUCCUCGAGGGUUGCUCAAAGGAUGGUUACUGAAACCCUCCCCUUCCCUGACUCCACCUCACUAUAAACAUGCACCCUGCAGGAGUCUCCCUGACCAUUCAAGCAGCGUCCAUGGUAGAUAUGCCUGUAUUAAGCAUGGUUUUAAGGCAAUUUGGUCUAAUGCCUAUAAAACGCCCAUUUAGAAGACAUAGAACAUAUACUUCAAAAAAAAAAAAAAGUUAAACCUCACCAACAGCUUUCCCCCAAGAGACCAU